AUGAUAUCGUGUGGUCCAGGUGACCGCGGUGUCAUCGACAACGUCAGUGGCCGCGGCACCAUUGCAAGCGCCAGACACAGCGUGAGGGUUAAUCGAACGAUAAACCUCAUGAGCAGGGGGACCCUGGUGUUCGUCUUUGCUGCGGCGUUUCUCGGAGAACUUGUGGUACUGCUUGUGUCCGCUGGCGAUCGUUGUAGGUCCAUGAUGUUGCCGCCCGAACGGCCGACCAUUGAGGGCGGGCUUAAGGCUACGCUGCCGCUAUCGAAGAAGAAAAGCGACGCAUCCCAAACAAAUGGAGACAAAGAUACCGGAUCAGCAACUCAUACACCAGGAACAACAGAGGGCGGAGGAACCCUUUGGAGAGCGUCGAGAGCACUCGAGAAAGCGCCAGCAGUCGUAUUGUCACCGGCAGACGAGCCCACGAUGAACGUGAGGACGGCGGAAGACCAACACCCUCCAAGCCGAGUGGCAGUCUUCGUCUACGAAGGCGUCCCCGAGCUCGACCACAUGGAAUUGGUGCAAUGCUACCGGGAUGUCCACGGGGUGGCUCCGUGGCAGGACGAGCGUUUCGACAUGGCCCAGGAUAUGGGGGAGAUCUGGAUGCAUCGGUCCAACCCGACAUUUUUCACUUGUGGGAGGCCGAAGCACUUGCCUCUUGAAUAA